AUGCAGCAACUGGCUGAUCUCCUCAAAUCUCUUCUAGGGAAUCAGAUCGACACCAGUGCACUUGCUGCAAUCACAGCCUUUCCCACUGCUUCUCCACUUGCUGCUUACAGCAGUUCUGAUACAGCUCCUGCCCCUCCAACUCCUCCUCCUGAUGCUGCUGCUGCUAUUCCAGUUGCAGGCUGUUUCCGACCCUUUGGAGGCAAUGUUUCAGUACCCUCAUACUUCGCUGCACCACCCUCGACAUCAGUCCAGCAGGGGAAAAGGCACAAGGCACAGCACGCAGUAACAUUAGGCCACCAACAGCAGCAGCAGCAGCAGCAGCAGCAGCAUGGCCAGUACCAGCAGCAUCAGAUGCUUCAGCAGCACCUGCCUCAGCGGCAAGGAAUCUGUCACACCGUCCCUCUACCACUUCAGGCUCCCCUUCAAGUCGCCAACCAGUAUGAAACGCCCUCUCAUGCCUCCUACACCCAGUUGUUGCAAGGGGCGUUGGAGGGACACGGCGAGCAAGGGAGGUUAGACGUGAGUAGCUCGGGUGACAGUCUGCUGCAUUCCAGUGUGUGGGACAGAGGUGUCAUGGCAGUAGGGGGUGGGGUUUCAGUGGCAGGGGUAACUGCAGCAGCGAUUGGAGGAGGGGACCUGCUGACAUCGCUAGAUGGGUUGGAGCUAGCAGAUAUAGAGGCGCUUCUACUGAAUGUGGAGGGAGAGUUGGAAUUUAUCAGCAGCAGCAUGGUCAGCGAGUUCAGCCAGCCUCACAGCCAGCCUCCUUGUAGCAGCACUGUCUGCACCAUUGAGCCCAUUAGCAGUGGCAUGGCCAUCAGCCAGCUGCCUGAGGGACUGGCACCAUCCGUGGCACUGGGAUCAUCUUUAUUUACGCCCAUGCAUGGUGGGUCUGAAGGCUCGUUUGCAUCAGAGGGGUUUGCUGCGGUCAUGGCUGCUUGUCACACUGCCAGUGCCACUGGUAGCAGCGACCGCAUGUGUUCUAAGAGGCAAGGUGCUCUGUUGCUGCCAACAACAAUUCUCCCGGCUCUGGGAAGUGUGUCACUGGAUCGGACACGGGCAGAUGGAGCAGCAGAAGCAGGAGAUAAAUCAGUGAUAUCAGCAGCAGGAGAGGCAAGGGCUGCAACUGCAGGCAGGAUUGUUGAUGUAUCUGGGGAUUCACAAAUGGGGAAUCUGGGAUUGAGCAGCAGUAAGGGCACUGGAAGGAAGCUCUCUCCCAAAAGGAGUCGUGAAGAGGACGGCUGA